AUGGAAAAAAAGCGUAGAAACGAAAGCGUGGUGAUAGAGAAAAAAAACGACAAGAUCAAAGAUCGUGGUGAUUUACGUAAAUCACCAGAGAAGAUUAUCAAAAGAGGAUAUGAUAAUACACAAGCAGAUACAAAGAUCACAUCAAGAGUGCAUCCAGAAGGUGGUGAUUCGGAUCAAUUGACGAAAUUCAAUCAGAUACCAGAAAAAAUGAAGAUUAAUAUAGUGAUGAAGAAAUUGAAAAGUAUAACUGAUGCCACUGAGAAAGAGUUAGGUAAUAAAAAAAGCAACGAUGGUCAAGGGAAAGUGAGUAAUUUGGAAUUAAGGAAACGUAUCCGAGACAGAUAUACUCUUAAACUCAAGAGCUCUACACAAAAAACGGAUAGACAAGAGCCAGUUACGAAAAAAGAGGAUACUAAAGGAACUGCCAAUAUUGUUAGCGCCAACUCUGAACACUUCACUGAACCAAUAACAGAAGAAACACCACAGACAAGGGACAAGCUUAUCCAAUCAACUGAAGAUAACAUAUCAACUAAAAAUGACACGAUUACAGAGAAAAAGGCAGAACGUAACAUGACAAAACAAGACAAGAACGGUCCAAAAAAUUCUCAAAGCUCCAACAAACACCAUCGAAAACCAAUGAUCAAGACUAUCAUGUCCAAAAAUGGACAAGUCAGAGUAUUCAAGGCUGUCACGUUUGUUGAUCAGGUAAGAAACCCGACACCACUAGAAAUAAGCAUCCCGACUGAUGCUAUGAAGAAGUUGAAAGUAACAAAAUGCACGGACACGAGUUCGUUGAAGUUUAAAACGAAACGCAACAUUAGCCAGACUAGUAUUAAAGCGAAACCAGCUCCUGCAAGAAAGAAAGUUGAGCGAAAGAAAGAGAAAAAGUCGCUCAAGAUUGCUCUGUCACCUGAUUGUUCCAAAGAGGUUGUAUCACCGCCGACGGAGGUGGCUAGAUGGGCCCCGGCAUCUAUAGACGAACAAACAAAACCAUAUUACGAAGCUUGGGUCAAUACUACAUUAGCGGCCAUAUCGAAGAACACGAAAAAAGAUAAGUUAUUCUAUGAAAAGUACAAAGAAAAUCUUUUGGCUAGUUUGAAGAAAGCCCAACAGCAAAGGCCGGCCACUCCAGAAUUGGUUUACGAGAAUUUUUCUGAUGAAAGCAGCGCCUGGCUCUUUGAGGCGCGCGCGGAACGCUACGCGCCGUACGCUCGGGACUGGUUCUGGUCGGGCGGUGCGCUACCCUUACUCGCCGACCGCAACGAAUUCUUCACCUGCAAAUCCUUCCUUGUAAGAGAUUUUUAA